GAAUACCAAGAAGAAUCCUGUUUGUAUGAAUGAAUGUCCAAAUUUGCUCUGCAAACAACAGAGGAUAUUGGCUUCAUAACCUUAUCUCUGAGGUCCAUUCCCUCUUCAAAUUUUGGUAAAUCAAAGGCUCUAUCAACACCUAUCUUUCAAGACCAGGCGACCCUUCUUAGGAGGCACAACAAGACACACUUUGCCGCUCUGAUAUCUCAGAAAAGUCCAGUACUCAUCUCUAUUUUUUUUUUAAAAAAACAAAAUCGCAAGGGGACAGUCAGUCUGUAACAAACACCAAUGGUAUAAAACCAAAUUCCUUGGCCUUAUGCCUGCCUCCCAUGCCCACCUUGGUUGCAUUUUUACACGUAUUCCCCAAAACAAACGUUGGAGCUGCCACAUGCAUAACUGCCAAGCAACACUGACUGUACUACUUCAAUUUUUCUUCAGUUACAACAUUUGAGAUAUGCAUGUGGUAAGCCUUAAGCACCCCUUCUAGUCUAAUCCCUUGCCGGGGAAGUCUUCAAGUUUCGCCGGAAAAUGUUGGCUGUUUUUGAGAAAGGGAUUGGCAAGCCCCCGGAGGAGCUGAGUCUUCCUUCCAUGGGGUUGCAGAACUCAAAAACCCGGCAAGAGAUCGCAGAGACGCUCCGGGUGGCAUGGCCAGAGGCGAACAUGUACAGCCUCUCAAAUGGGAACUUCCUGGCUUUGUCACAUGAGGAUGAAAGUCCAACACAUCCAAGGUCCAUUGUGGUCGUGGACGAUGUCUUCUGCAUUUUCGUUGGGACGUUAGAGAACAUCUGCGACCUAAGAAGGCACUAUGGGCUUUCCAGGCAAGCAACAGAAGCCAUGGUGGUGGUUGAAGCUUAUAAAGUCCUGAGAGAUCGUGCACCUUACCCUCCUGAUCAAGUCAUUAGAGAUCUUGAAGGAAAAUUUGCAUUUAUUCUCUUUGAUGCUAAAGGUGGUACUCUUUUUACAGCCAGGGAUCGCGAUGGAAGCAUAAAUCUUCAAUGGGGCAUGGCGGGUGACGGAUCACUGGUCUGCUCCGACAAUCCCAAAAUCAUUACAGAGGCUUGUGGAAAAGCUUGUGCUCCUUUUCCUCCAGGCUGCAUCUUCAUGAAUGGAAGUGGGCUAAUGAGCUUUGAUCACCCCCUUCACAAGGUAAGAGCAAUUGCACGGGAAGAUGAUGAUGGAAGCAUUUCUGCCAUUAUUUUUCAGGUGGACUUGCUCACGAGACUACCCAGCAUUCCACGCACUGGUAGUGCAGCAAACUGGGCUGAUGCUGCCGUUGUUAAUGAAGAAUAAGGUGUUGAGGUUUUGACUUCAAUGAGAAUGGAUUCUGGUCUAAUCUUAUAUAAUGAAAACUAAAUAAUGUGUUCAUGGGUUCAUGCUUUGCAGCUUGAGGAAUGUGUUGGUUUCCCAAAGUGACAUGAAUCUGGAUUGCAGAACUUUAAUACAGUUUGUUGUGAACACAAUGUUUAUGGUAUGUAUUUAUGUUUGGGAAA